AUGUCCUGCAAGAAGUGGUGCUCGAACAGCCAGACGAAGUGGAUCCUUGCAGGCAGUGUCAGUGUGACCCUGGUGUUGACCAUUUCAAUGGUCCUGGGCCUCACCUUGCAUCGGAGCACCCAAACAGGCUGUGAUCAAGAUGCAGUUUGCCGUUCAGACGCUGACAUGCUGGACUACAUGCUAAGCACGGGCCAUAUCAGUCACCGGGAUGGCCUGCUAAUCACCUGGUACCACGCAGCCAACAGCAAGAAAGAGAUGGAGGAUGCCCUGAACAGCAGUGUCAUGGUCUUGGAGGCAGAUGUCAAUGUAGAAGGGUUCACCACAGUCAAUGAGACCGGGGUGCCUAUUAUGGCCCACCCUCCAGCCAUCUACAGUGACAACACCCUGCAGGAGUGGCUGGAAGCUGUACUCUCCUCGUCUCAGAAGGGCAUCAAACUGGACUUCAAGAGCCUCAAGGCUGUGGGCCCCUCCCUGGACCUCCUCCGGCAGAUGACCGAGGCUGGCAAGAUUCGGAGACCGGUGUGGAUCAAUGCUGACAUCCUGAGGGGCCCCAAUGUGCCCAUCUCGAUUGAGAUCAAUGCUACACAGUUCCUGGCGCUGGUCCAGGAGAAGUAUCCCGAGGUCACCAUCUCUCCUGGCUUUACUACUCUGUAUGUGCCUCAGUUGCCAAACAGCACCUAUACCAAAGCCAUGGUGGAGAAGAUGCAGGAGCUGGUGGGGGCGCUGCCUCAGAGGAUCACCUUCCCUGUUCGGGCUUUCAUGGCACGGGCUGCUUGGCCCCACUUCAGCUGGCUCCUGGCCCAAUCUGAGAGGUACAGCCUGACACUGUGGCAGGGUGCCUCGGACCCCGUGUCGGUGGACGAUCUUCUCUUCAUCCGGGACAACAGUGCCACCCACCAAAUCUACUAUGACCUCUUUGAGCCCGUCCUGUCACAGUUCAAGCAGCUGGCCUUGAACAGCACCCGGAUGCGAACCUACUACACAGGUGGCAGCCUGAUCCCUCUUCUCCAGCAGCCCAGGAGUGAUGGCCUGGAGGUAGAGUGGCUGGAUCUAGAAGUGAAUGGCAGCAGGAGGGCAGCGGCCAUUACUGCCCCUGACAGAGAAGGCAUGAUCCUGCUGGAUGUGGGCCUCCAGGAACCUGAAGCUGGGACCCCUGUGCCCAUCCUGCGUACCCAAGGUGGUCCUGCUCUGACAUUAGAGUCCUGUCUGUUGCAGCUGGCUGCUCACCCCGGGUCCUGGGGCAUCCAUGUGAACAUUGUGGAACCCGCAGCUCUCCGGCCCUCCCUGGCCACACUGGCACGCCUCUCCACCCUUGGCCGUCUGCCCUGGCCCGUGUGGGUGGGGGCUACAAUCUCACAUGGUAAUUUUGUGGUCCCUGGUCAUAUGGCCGGCAGAGAACUGCUUACAGCCGUGGCUGAAGUUUUCCCUCAUGUGACCGUGGCACCAGGCUGGCCUGAAGAGGUUCUGGGCAGCGGCUAUCAGGAGCAGAUGGUCACAGAUAUGCUGGAGCUAUGUCAGGGACUCUGGCAACCUGUGUCCUUCCAGCUGCAGGCUGGGCCACUGGGCCGGAGUUCGGCCAAAGCUGUGGCCAGGCUGCUGGCAGCCUCCCCUCGAGCCACGGUCACUGUGCACCACAGCAUGGCUGGGAACAACUAUGCAGAUGUUUGGGCUGGGUUGUGGGUGGCCAGGGCCAUGGACAGGACCCGAGUCUAUUACAGGAUACCCCAGGAGUACCGAGAAGACUUGCUGGCAGAUGUGAGCAGGAACUGACCACCCAGUAAGACUGGACCAUCUAAUGUGGAAGGCUUCCCUGGGGAGUCAGGGUGA